AGGAGCAGCUGCGGGCAGUGUCCAGUGUGGAUGAGCUCAUGACCGUCCUGUACCCGGAGUACUGGAAAAUGUACAAGUGUCAGUUACGGAAAGGGGGCUGGCAGCCCGGCCCGGAGCAGCCCGACGCCGGCGCCAGCACGGAAGGCACUAUAAAAUUCGCUGCGGCACAUUACAACGCCGAGAUCCUGAAAAGUAUUGAUAAUGAGUGGAGAAAGACUCAAUGCAUGCCACGUGAGGUGUGUAUAGAUGUGGGGAAGGAGUUUGGAGCAGCUACAAACACCUUCUUUAAACCUCCAUGUGUGUCCGUCUACAGAUGUGGGGGCUGCUGCAACAGUGAGGGCCUUCAGUGCAUGAACGCCAGCACGGGCUACCUCAGCAAGACGCUGUUUGAAAUCACAGUGCCUCUCUCUCAAGGCCCCAAACCCGUCACGGUCAGUUUUGCCAAUCACACUGCCUGCCGGUGUAUGUCUAAGCUGGACGUGUACAGACAGGUGCACUCGAUCAUCAGGCGCUCCCUGCCAGCAAGCCUGCCGCAGUGCCCGGCCACCAACAAGAGCUGCCCCGCCAAUCACACUUGGAGCAGCCAAGCCUGCAGAUGUCUCGCUCAGCAGGAUUUUACGUUUGCCUCCAGUGCUGGAGACGACGCGGCCGGCGGAUUCCAUGACGUCUGUGGACCCAACAAGGAGCUGGACGAAGAGACCUGUCAGUGUGUCUGCAGAGGGGGCCUUCGGCCUUCCAGCUGUGGACCCCACCAGGAGCUGGACCGGGACUCGUGCCAGUGUGUCUGUAAAAACAAACUUUUCCCCAACGCGUGUGGGCCCCACCGGGAAUUUGAUGACAACACGUGCCAGUGCGUGUGCAGAAGGACCUGCCCGAGGCAUCAGCCCCUCAACCCGGCGAGAUGUGCCUGUGAAUGUACAGAAAACCCCCAGAAAUGCUUCUUAAAAGGAAAGAAGUUCCAGCAUCAAACGUGCAGUUGUUACAGACGGCCGUGUACGAAUCGGCUGAAGCACUGUGAGAAAGGACUCGCGUUCAGUGAAGAAGUGUGUCGCUGUGUCCCCGAGUACUGGAAAAGACCACACGCGAACUGAGACGGGACUGCUCCACUGGAAAACUGUGCUGCCCCUUUGAAACUGUCUGUGGAACAGGGGGACCUUUGUGGGACCACGGUAACAGAGGCAGAAGUCGGUGUUUCCUGAACCACGUGGAUAAUGUCCCAGAAGCAGACCGGAGCGCAUCUGUAAGAGAUGUCUUGUAAACACUGAUUGUCUGCCAAG